AUGCGGCAUCCUGCAGAUGGGGAGGCAAGGAAAGAGUUCGAUCGAACGUUCCCCGAGUUUGCUGCUGAUCCCCGAAAUGUUAGAUUGGGACUUGCCAAUAACAGAUUCAAUCCGUUUGGGGUUCUAAACCAACACCACAGCACUUGGCCGAUUUUCAUUUUCCCAUAUAAUUUGCCGCCUUGGAAAUGCAUGAAAAAAGAAUACAUGAUGAUGACUAUUUCGAUAACUGAGGAUCCUGGCAGGUCAAUCGAUGUUUACUUAAGGCCGCUGGUUAAUGAGCUGAAGGAUUUAUGGACAAACGCAUAUGCAAUGGUUUCUGGGUGGAGCAUAAAGGGUUAUAUGGCAUGUCCUGACAACGAGUGGCGGGAAAAAGAUAAAGAGUUCGACGGGAACAUAGAGUGUUGCCUCAGACCUAGAGAAUGGUUCAAUGAUGAGAUCUUGGAACAGCUUAACCGUUUGGAUUUUACUCCGUUUGGGAAAACAGUUAGUUGGACCAGACCUUCUACAUAUAUGAACUGGACGCACAAGCCUACGUUUUUUGAGCUCCCAUAUUGGUCGAAACUCAAAUUGAGGCACAAUCUUGAUGUGAUGCAUGUUGAGAAAAAUGUAUUCGACACAUUGGUGGGCAUAAUUCUAGAUAUCGAAGGCAAGACAAAGAACACGAUCAAAGCUCGUCUUGAUUUGGAAAGAAUGGACAUACGAAGGGGUUUAUGGAUGAAUAGGGACAGUGAUAAAGCUAGAAGGGAUCUUGCAUUUUUUUCUAUGAAACCGAAUGACAAAAAAGAGUUUCUAAAGUUUGUAUCGUCUGUAAAGUUUCCCAAUGGGUAUGCUUCUAAUAUCACACGUUGCGUGAAUGUUGACGGGGGUAAAUUUACUGGACUUAAGAGCUAUGACUGCCAUGUGUUUAUGCAACGCCUACUUCCUGUGGACAACAUGUUUCAGUUGCGCCAUGACAUUGUCCAAGUCCUAUGCAAGUUUGAGAUGAUAUUUCCUCCAACUUUCUUCACAAGUAUGAUGCAUGUGAUGGUUCACUUGCCAGAAGAGGCAUUGCUUGCUUGUCCUGUCAACUAUCGCUGGAUGUAUCCAAUAGAAAGGCUUCUCGGAGAGCUGAAAAAAAGUAUGUGGAGACGGUUUUCAAUCGUCCUCAGCGCAAUCAUGACAGAGAGUGAAGAGUCAUAUAACUUGGCGUUCGGCCCGAUUCGCGCUAAAUUGUUCUCGGGUUGUAAUGUUAACGGCGUCAAAUUUUUGGGGACUGCACGAGAUGACAAGUUGUGUACGCAAAACAGCGAUGUCCAUGUCCCAGGUGGAGGCAAAAGUACGGACAUUGAUUUCUAUGACAAACUCACAACUGUCGUGCAAUUGCUUUACAAAGAUAGAUACCAACGGAUCAUGUUUAAGUGUCGAUGGUUUGAUACCAACCCAAAUAGGCCGGGAAGUGUUAAAAUCGACCAUGGCUUACUAUCUGUGAACAUUAACAGAACUUGGUAUGAUUACGACCCUUACAUUUUGGCAAACAUGACAACACAAAUUGUGUAUCUAGAUGACCCUAAAGCCGGGAGCAGUUGGAAAGUUGUUCAGAAGAUAGAUCAUAGGAACGUGUAUACUAUACCAGAAUUAUACCCAACUGACAAUGACGUCGAUAAUGUGGCUGACCAACGUUCAGAAUCUUCAAUGGAAAAUGAUGCGAAAACACUUCGAAAUACAAAUGUUAUAUAA